GGCUGUGUGCUCUGGUUUAAACAUACUAACCAGCUACAGGGGUCAGCUUCCACAGGACACUGCUGAGGCCGUUUGCCUGUGUGCAGUGCUUUCUUUUUUUCCUUCCCUUCAAUGGCGUGUAGAGAAAGCAGGGGGGGUGAAAUUUUAGCACAUUUAGUACUUCUUGUGUUUCUAGUGUCACUAUGUAGCUGUGCAAAACUGACGAGGCUUAAGGCAUUAGGUGAAUCUAGAGGAACCUCGGCGCACACUGAAAAGCAACCUGAAAGAAGUAAUCUGCUUCAUGGAAGACUCUUAAUUGGACAAAGCUCCCAGAAAGACUCUAACUCCACAGAGGCGGCGCUGGAUGAAGCGGACUACCAAGCGGACAUGGGCUGGCAGACCAGACAAGAAAAGAGUGACUGGCAAAAAAUGGCACUGGAAAACCUGCUAAAAAUGGAGUCAAAGGUUGAGUGCAAUCAAGAUUCUAUGAAGCUUCUUGUUCACGAUGCUGCCUCUACCCCUGCAUCUCUCAUCCUAAUAGACCGGGGUCACUUGUCUCCCCUGUCUCUGACAAAGUUGCCCUCAAGCUGUGGUUACACCAUUAGGUCAACUCAGAAAGAUCUGGUCUUGGUAGCACCCUAUGAUGGCUGCUUUGUCAUUAUUCAGGAGAACUACUAUGUGCUCCCAUUGCUCUGGUGGGGCCUACCUGUCAGAAUGUCAUGUCCUUUAAUGGGACAUGUGUCACAAAACCCUCCCAUGGUCACUUGUCAUGCUGAGGGCAUGGUUGUGAAAACGGACUGGAUCACAUCUGCUUCAAAAAUCAAAGUAAAUGUAAAUGGAAACUGGGAGUCCCUGUUGACAGCUGCACAACGCUGUGUAUUUGGUAUAGUAGAACAUCCAGAAGGUGUUGUUAUCUCUGUGCACUAUGCACCUUGCCUGGUGGAGAAGGAUGGAAUGCACUCCCUUGAGUUAGCUGGAGAUGUAGAAACCAAGGUUUCAUGUCCAUCGUUGUUGGCAGCUCAACUCAAAGGGACAGAGAGCCAAGGAAGAGGUUCUGUGCAGGAAAGUGACAUGGCAGGCAAAUGGGUGUAUCCAUUUCCCACACCAUAUCCAUCUUUAACACGUCCUCCUGCUCAAAUAGCAUCUCAAAUUCCUAGUUUUUAUCAAAACCAGAAGACCCCAAGCAAACCAAAUCAAGGUUCAAAUCUGGGGCAGCUGCCAUACACUCGUUUUUCAGGUUUUCCUUAUGGUUACCUUCAAAGGGCAGACUUCACCACUACUAAACGGCCACAGACCACUAAACCUUCAAAAUUCAAAGUUACUAAAUCUGCAGAUCAUUUUUACCCUCAGACGUCGUAUCCCCACUCUCCUUUUCCUGCAAUGCCACGAAUGAUGCAACCUGUGACCAAAUCACCACAUAUUCCCCAGAAGCCACCUGUCAGCAACCUUCCGAUUCCAGAACAAAAAUUUCCUUCAACUUAUACAGAAGCUUUAUCCCUGCUCUCAAAUUCUUAUCCACUGUAUCUCCAAAGAUUACUUGACAAACCUGGGCCAUCAAAUCCUACAAUGUCUGAGAAGGGUCAAGGUGAACACAUGCCAUUCCACUUAUUUUGCUCUCAGCAGAUGGCGGCCGCAAAACCAUCUGUACUUUCUCAGCUAGCAUGGCCUGAAAUGUUUAAAAGUGAAGUGCACCAGCUAAUUCAGCUUGUGUGCAUCCAGAUGGAGGCAGUCUUAAAACCUCCAGAUGUUUCCCAGCCACCAUACUCUGACACUGUGAAAGGCCAGGUGUAUAAGCCAUUCAACCUCUUGUGUGCCUUGCAAAGGUCCCAGCUGCAACAUUCAAAAACACCUCAAGGUCAAGUGUAUUACUCAUUUUUCUUGUUCUGCUACCAGCAGAAACGAGUCUCAAAGCCUGCUGAUGUUACACGUGAAACCCCCAAAGGCAAUCUAUACCAGGCUUUGUACCCCUUCUAUUUUCAGGCAUCUCAAAAGCACUCUGGAGUUGAUGAGCCCUCUCAACCUGUGACUCCUCAAGCCCAAGUAUACCCACGGCAAACUCAGAAACCUGCCGUAACUGAGCCACCACAAUCGAUGACUCCUGAAGCCCAUGUAUACUCGCCAUACUUUCCCUUCUAUUCCUACCCAAAACCAACCCAGAAGCCUGCAACCCGGCCACCACAAUCAGCAACUCCUCAAACUCCAGUAUACUCACCAUACUUUCCCUUCUAUCCCCACCCAAAACCAACCCAGAAACCAGCAACUCGACCGUCACAAAUGGCAACUCCCCAAGCACAAUUACACCCUCGGUUCUUUCCCUACUUUGCCCAACCAGCGCCACUUCAGAAACCUGCUGUAACUCGACCACCACAAUCUGUAACUUCUCAACCCCAAGCAUAUCCAUCGCCAUUCCCCUUCUAUUCCCAGCCAAAACCAACCCAGAAACCAGCAACUCGACCGUCACAAAUGGCAACUCCCCAAGCGCAAGUACACCCUCGGUUCUUUCCCUACUUUGCCCAACCAGCGCCACUUCAGAAACCUGCUGUAACUCGACCACCACAAUCUGUAACUUCUCAACCCCAAGCAUAUCCAUCGCCAUUCCCCUUCUAUUCCCAGCCAAAAGCAACCCAGAAACCUGCAACUAAGCGACCACAAUUGGCAACUCCUCAAGCUCAAGUAUACCCACCAUUAUUUCAGUACUUUGAUCAACCACACCCACCUCAAAAUCCUGCUGUGACUCUGCCGCCAAGACCAGCGACACCUAAAGCCCGAGUAUACCCACCAUUUUACUACUACUAUACCCAUCCACAGGUGGCUCAGAAACCUGCUGUUACUCAAGCCCCACAGCCUGCAGCAUCUCAGAACAAAGUUUAUGAGCAGUUCCCUGACAUCUACCCCAAACCAGAGCCACCUUCAGUGCCCAUUACACUUUCUAAACCCCAACAGCUACAACCUCCUCUGGGCCAGGUAACCCAGCCAUUCUACUCUUAUCACCUAUGUACCCUUCCACAAUCAAACCCAACUUCGAGAUCUACAGCUGAAGAUCAUAAGGACCAAGAACAACAAAAGCAAAGGUGUUUUUAUUCUCAGCUGUUGCCUGAAUAUCAGCUGGCAAACAUUCCAACUAACACUCCUCAGGGAUAUGGACCCUGUUUGCAGUAUAAACCACCAGCUGUGGAAAUGAGUGAAAGAGCUUCCCUGGCCAACCAUUUCUAUUAUUCACAACCUCCCGUUGCAAACCCUCUUCAGGGCCAGUUUAAAAACCCCUUCAACAUGUUUUACUACUUACUGCAACCUCAUGCUAUGCAGCAGCCUGAUGUGCAACAGUUUGCUGUUUUGUCAAGUCAGCACAAAACAGAAUCUCCCCCAUCAAAACAAGGUAACCCUGUUCACUGUCAUCAAUAUUGUCCUUUUGUAUUAUUCAAUUGCUGUUUACAAAUAGCUUUGCAUCAGCAUUUUUACAUUUCUAUCCCAGGUGACGGUAAAGCUGAACCUCAGUUAAAUACAAGUUCCUUGCCAGUGUCUGAUCCCAUCUUUAGCCAAGGCUUGGAAACUACUGAAAUUCUACAAAAACCUUCUGCACCAGUUCUGCAACCUGGUGCACAAAUUUCUCCUUGGGCACCUCAAACUUAUGAUGCAUAUGAAUACUUUCUCCAACCACCAGAUGGCAUCGUUGCACUACCCAGGAGUAGUCUUGCCAUGAUUGCACAUAAAGGGCCAGUUUCUUAUCUUGGAAAUGAAUUUCCAAAUCCCAUGAGGUCACAUGGAGCACAAAACAUGGUACUACCACACUUGGAACAAGGGAAAUCUGAAUCUCCCAAUGACCCGUCUGAACUGUGGAUGCCUGACGGUGAACAAAUGAAGCCAAUUGCGCAAUAUGAACCUUUUAACAUCCAAUUUCCUGAACAAACUGUCCAUUCUAGGCCAAAUUUUAUGCCUUAUCUUGGCCAACAUGGUCUACAUGUAGGACAGUUACAAAAUAAACCUACUGCUGAGCAACGGUCGUUGCACAAAUCUGAAUAUAAAAGUUCAACACAUCGCAACUUUAAACGUGCAAUUGACCGGUUUUCUUUUCCUUACUAUAUACCUGGAGAUUCUCCUGUGUCAAAUGACUCUGUGGGCCUUAAUGGUACUCGAGAACAACAACCUGGGACGGGGUCAAAUAAUUCCACUAAAGAACACAAAACUCAAAAUUUCUAUUCAGAACCACGAAGUUAUGUCCUACUGCAGCAUGGCCCACCAGGAAAGGAGCCCAACCGUUUUAGAGAGUUGAAUUAUGGCGCAAACUCAAAAGCCCUAAAACUAAGACGAAAUUCUCAUCUGCAAACUUUAGAGUCUUUGCAGGAAAAAAGACAAGAAUUAAAGAGGUUGGGGAAAGGAGUAUCUACCGGUAGUCAUUCACUUGGUAGCAAUUAUUUGCAGAGGGAUGGUGACUCAUUAGGUUUGUUUAUCUCGUCUGACCCUAAUACAGUGAAUUUGCACCAUGAGCAAUCUUUCAGUGCUGACAAAUUAAAGCCUGAAGUUCUGAAAUCAUUUGAUGGCCUCUGGAAGUCCCGAACACCUUCAGAUUUCAGCCAAUCGUUUCUAGCCAAUGUUCCAGAAAAGACAGAAGUGAAGAGUGCUACGAUGCACCAGCUAGCCACAGAAAUGGACAAACGUCUUCAGAUGAGCAAAAGGGAUUUAAAUAGGAAAUGAGUUUUCCUUAAUAAUAAAAAAAACCAACCUAAACUACA